GAACCACACUGGUGCCAGUUUCAAUUAAAAUAUGCCGAUAACCUGCUAAGGGUUGAGAUGGAUGGCUUCAUCCUGGGGGUUGGUGACCCUUAAGUGCUGGUGAGAUGUCCUUCAGUGGCGACUCAAGCCAGCCCCCCCCUUCCGCGCCCUCCCUCAACCACACGUCCUCUUCACGACCGCCUCCAUGGGAGGCUGGUCGCUCAAAUGAUUCUCUGCUCUCAGACCUGUCAGGUCUCAGCCAUGAAGAACAAUGUCACACGUCUCCAAUCCUGACGGCGUUUCUGGUGGCGUGGUACACCAUCACAAUGGUGCUGGGCCUGGUGGGCAAUGUCGGCCUUAUUUGCAUAAUUACUCGACGCCGGGAGAAAGCCAACGUCACCAGCAUUUUCAUCUGUAAUCUAUCAUUCUCUGACAUUUUGGUGUGUGUCUUCUGCCUCCCUUUCACACUCAUAUACACGCUCAUGGACCACUGGGUGUUUGGGUCACUGCUCUGCCGCCUGGUCCCCUUCAUUCAAUGUAUGUCUGUGACCGUCUCUGUCCUCUCUCUGGUUUUUAUCGCUCUGGAGAGACACCAGCUCAUCAUUAACCCGGCUGGUUGGAAACCCAGUAUUCCACAGGCCUACACAGCCGUCGUCAUCAUCUGGAUUCUGGCCUGCUUCACGUCUUCACCUUUCCUGGCCUUUCAGCUGCUCACGAGCGAGCCCUAUGCCAACAUGACCCUGCCCCAGCCUGCUCCUUAUCACGAAACGUCACCCCCACAUCACUUCUCGCUUGCUAACUCGUCCGCGCUUCAAAAUCCACUGCAUUUUCACAACCUUUACGCGUCCUUGCACAUGGAGGCCUGUCUGGAGCACUGGCCCUCCCAGCAUCACCGGCUGACCUACACCACAUGGCUGCUGCUUUUCCAGUACUGCGGCCCUUUGAUUCUCGUCCUGCUGUGUUACAUCCGAGUGUUCGUACGUCUGCGUCACCGCAAAGACAUGCUGGACCGCGCCAGGACGCCGGAGAGCAAGCGCAUGACCCACAGCCGUCGCAUCAACAUCAUGCUGGUGGCCCUGAUCACGGCCUUCGCCCUUUGCUGGCUGCCGCUCACCAUCUUCAACGCUGUGUCCGACUGGAACCAGGAGGCGCUUCCCGUGUGCUACCACAACCUGCUCUUCUCCCUCUGCCACCUCCUGGCGAUGUCGUCCACCUGCAUCAACCCCAUCAUCUACGGCUUUCUCAAUUCCAACUUCAGGCAGGAGGUGAGGGAGGUGCUCCAGUACUGCUGCUCCCGCCCUCUGGAGGAGGAGUGUGAGCGCUUCCCCAUAUCCACCGUGCACAUGGACGUGUCUCGUACCUCGGUGCCGCUCGCCUGCAGGAAUAACUCUGCUUCAUAG